GCGCAUUAGCCGAGCACCCAGGAGGGUGGGUCCGGCAGCGCGCCACUUCCGUCCGGUGGACGGGCCAGGCGCGCGCCGCCUCUUCCGCCACCGCCCCCGCGAUCCCGGACCUAGCGCCAGCCCUAGCCGUGGCCUGGCAGCCCCGGUGUCGCCCUGAAGCGCGGCGGCAGCUGACUGCGCGUUCACGACCCGCUGGGAGCUGCGAGUCCCGCCGCCGUUAUGAACAUCCGCAAUGCGAGGCCAGAGGACCUGAUGAACAUGCAACAUUGUAACCUCCUGUGCCUGCCUGAGAACUACCAGAUGAAAUACUAUUUCUACCAUGGCCUCUCCUGGCCCCAGCUCUCAUACAUCGCUGAGGAUGAGAAUGGGAAGAUCGUGGGGUACGUCCUGGCCAAAAUGGAAGAAGACCCAGACGACGUGCCCCAUGGACAUAUCACCUCGCUGGCUGUUAAGCGUUCCCACCGGCGUCUUGGCCUGGCUCAAAAGUUGAUGGACCAGGCCUCCCGAGCCAUGAUCGAGAACUUCAAUGCCAAAUAUGUCUCCCUGCACGUCAGGAAGAGUAACCGGGCAGCUCUGCACCUCUAUUCCAACACGCUCAACUUUCAGAUCAGUGAAGUGGAACCCAAAUACUACGCUGACGGGGAAGAUGCAUACGCCAUGAAGCGGGACCUCACCCAGAUGGCUGAUGAGCUGAGGCGGCACCUGGAGCUGAAGGAGAAGGGCAGGCAUGUGGUGCUGGGCUCCAUCGAGAACAAGAUGGAAGGCAAGGGCAACUCGCUUCCAAGCUCAGGGGAGGCCUGUCGUGAGGAAAAGGGCCUGGUUGCGGAGGACAGCGGUGGCGACAGCAAGGACCUAAGCGAGGUCAGCGAGACCACAGAGAGCACUGACGUUAAGGACAGCUCAGAGGCCUCUGACUCGGCUUCCUAGAGCCCGCACCUGCUCCCCUCCCUGUCCUGGCCUGCCCAUCCCAUCCUCACAGCAAGAGGUUUCACAAUAAACUUCACCCAGUGGCCUUGGGGAGUUCA